GUGUGGCUUGUGGGAGUUUAUACUAAGGAGGGGGCGUGGUUUAAGUGGGAGGAGCAGCGUUGCUGGGACUAUACUGCAAAGGAGGAGGGCGCAGUGAUAAAGGCAAAGAGUGACUGAUGGAAAUGAGGAUACAAAGUAGCAGAGAGGAGGGACGGGCAGCUGACAGUUGCAGCAGGGGAAGAACAGGAUAAAUACAGAUAUUAGAUACAGAUAUUAGAUACAGAUAUUAGAUACAGAUAUGUACAGUAACACACAGGGCAAGUAACAGGGAGAACAUUUUCUAUAGGUUUUGUGAGGAGCCAAAAAACUGGACUUUACCAAAUCAAGUGGCCGGACUUGUGGAGGCAGCGGAGGAGAGAGCAACAAAUGAGCGCCAGGCUGGGAGUCUGAGGAGCACAAGAAGAGCAACUGUCCGAGAGCUAAACAAUGCCGGGAGAGGAGCGGAGGCCACACAGACUGAGCCGCUAGCCGGGCAGCACAAGAGUUGGGACGCUGGCCAUGGUGCUGGCGGGAAGCCAGACUACGCAGGCGCACUGUCUCCUUAGCCCUGUGAGCAGCCCAGUCACAGUCUCGGCACAAGCAGCCCGAGGAGCGUUACCAUGAACUGCUUCAUCCCACCCAAGUCUAUCAACUGGGACACCGUCACACGCAGCACCGCGCGCCAGCCCAGGAGCUUCCCAAGCGCAGGAUGCCGGGGGGAAAACGAGGGCUGGUGGCACCGCAGAACACGUUUUUGGAGAACAUUGUCAGGCGCUCAAGUGAAUCAAGCUUCUUGCUGGGGAACGCACAGAUUGUGGACUGGCCUGUAGUUUAUAGCAAUGACGGUUUUUGCAAGCUUUCUGGAUAUCACAGAGCUGACAUCAUGCAGAAGAGCAGUACUUGCAGCUUCAUGUACGGAGAAUUGACAGACAAGAAAACCAUUGAAAAGGUCAGGCAGACGUUUGAGACCUACGAGUCAAAUUGUUUUGAAAUCCUUCUUUACAAGAAAAGCAGAACUCCAGUUUGGUUCUAUUUGCAGAUUGCUCCCAUAAGGAAUGAACAUGAAAAGGUUGUGUUAUUUCUGUGUACUUUUAAAGACAUUACUUUAUUCAAACAACCGAUUGAAGAUGAUUCGACUAGAGCUACCCUUGGACCACCUCCGCUAAAUAAUCCUCAAAGAUGGACCAAAUUUGCCCGGUUAACACGAGCUCUGACAAACAACCGGAGUGUCCUGCACCAGUUAACUCCAAUGAACAAAGCCGAAGUGGUCCAUAAACAUUCCAGAUUAGCUGAAGUACUUCAGUUGGGUUCAGACAUUCUUCCCCAAUACAAGCAAGAAGCACCAAAAACACCACCACAUAUUAUUUUGCAUUACUGUGCAUUCAAGACGACAUGGGACUGGGUCAUCUUAAUUCUGACUUUCUAUACUGCAAUUAUGGUCCCCUAUAAUGUCUCUUUCAAGACAAAACAGAACAAUAUAGCCUGGCUGGUGCUGGACAGCGUGGUGGAUGUUAUUUUCCUGGUAGACAUUGUUUUAAAUUUUCAUACAACUUUUGUUGGGCCUGGAGGAGAAGUCAUUUCAGAUCCCAAACUCAUUCGAAUGAACUACUUGAAAACAUGGUUUGUCAUAGACCUUCUCUCUUGUUUACCGUAUGACAUCAUCAAUGCCUUUGAAAAUGUGGAUGAGGGCAUGAGCAGCCUCUUCAGCUCUCUUAAAGUAGUACGCCUCUUAAGACUGGGUCGGGUGGCCAGGAAGUUGGAUCAUUAUCUGGAAUAUGGAGCUGCUGUUUUGGUUCUUCUAGUGUGUGUGUUUGGUCUUGUAGCCCAUUGGUUGGCCUGCAUAUGGUACAGCAUUGGAGACUAUGAAGUCAUUGAUGAAGUGACAAAUACAAUCAAGAAAGACAGUUGGCUGUAUCAGCUGGGACAAAGCAUUGGCACUCCCUAUCGGUAUAAUGCCAGUGGCUCAGGGCUGUGGGAAGGAGGACCCAGCAAAGACUCCUUGUAUAUAUCCUCCCUCUAUUUUACCAUGACAAGCCUUACAACAAUUGGAUUUGGAAACAUAGCUCCAACCACAGAUGGAGAGAAGAUAUUCUCUGUUGCAAUGAUGAUGGUUGGCUCUCUUCUUUAUGCAACUAUUUUUGGAAACGUUACCACCAUAUUUCAGCAAAUGUAUGCCAACACCAACCAAUAUCAUGAGGUGCUGAACAAUGUGCGUGAUUUCCUCAAACUUUAUCAGGUCCCAAAAGGCCUUAGCGAGAGGGUCAUGGAUUAUAUUGUGUCCACGUGGUCCAUGUCCAAGGGCAUUGAUGCAGAAAAGGUUCUCGGAAUAUGUCCCAAGGAUAUGAGAGCUGAUAUCUGCGUGCAUCUGAACACGAAGGUCUUCAAUGAGCACCCAGCUUUUCGUUUAGCCAGCGACGGCUGUUUGCGAUCAUUAGCCGUGGAGUUUCAAACAAUUCACUGUGCUCCAGGAGACCUCAUCUACCAUGCGGGUGAAAGUGUUGACGCCCUCUGCUUUGUGGUGUCGGGGUCGCUGGAAGUCAUUCAAGAUGAGGAGGUGGUGGCAAUACUAGGAAAGGGUGAUGUCUUUGGAGACGUGUUCUGGAAAGAAACCACACUUGCCCAUGCCUGCGCUAAUGUCCGUGCGCUGACGUAUUGUGAUUUACACAUCAUUAAACGGGAAGCCUUACUCAAAGUACUGGACUUCUACACAGCCUUCGCUAACUCUUUCUCAAGGAAUCUCACACUAACUUGUAACUUGAGGAAACGGAUUGUCUUCCGCAAAAUCAGUGAUGUGAAGAAAGAAGAAGAGGAGCGGCAAAGGCAAAAGAAUGAAGUGACCCUUAGUAUCCCAGUGGACCACCCUGUAAGAAAACUGUUCCAGAAAUUUAAACAGCAGAAGGAAUUAAGAAACCAGGGUUCUUCAAACAGUGAUCUGGAAAGGAACCAGCUCCAAGUGGAGCACCGCUCUAUGCACAAUGGAGCAGUCCUUACUGGAACCAGCGUGGUGACUGUGUCCCAGAUAACCCCUAUUCAGACAUCUCUGUCUUAUGUCAGAACCAAUGAGUCUAUGAAACAGAACAACAGGGAUUCUAUGGAGCUGAAGCCAAAUAGCAGCAAUGACAUUAAAAGCCUCAAAGUGACCAGCCCCGUUCGCCUUAAGAACGGAAAUGGGAAAGGUUGGCUGAAAUUGAAAAACAACAUGCAGGUGCAAGAGGAAAAGAAAGAAGACUGGAAUAAUGUGACAAAAGCAGAGUCAUUGGGUUUGCUUUCAGAUGACCCCAAAUGCACUGACCCAGAGACCAAUGGCUCUAAAAACCCAUUGAGAAAAACCGAUUCUUGUGACAGCGGGAUAACUAAAAGUGACCUUCGUUUGGAUAAAGCAGGGGAAACACGUAGUCCACUUGAACACAGUCCCCUGCAAGUUGAUGCAAAACACCCUUUUUACCCAAUCCCAGAGCAAGCCUUACAGACCACCCUCCAAGAGGUCAAACAUGAGCUAAAAGAUGACAUUCAGUCACUCAACUGUCGAAUGACUGCUCUUGAACUGCAGAUUACAGAAAUCCUCAAACUUUUAUCAGCUCCCCCAUCUCCUCCCAAAAUCCCUACAAGUCCGCUCCAUAUUCCACGUCAAGAUAUAUUUAGUGUUUCUAGACCAAUGACACCAGAGUCUGAAAAAGAAGAGAUUCAUGUUUAAUAGAAACUGGACAUUAGUAGACAACAUGUGCGUAUGUAGAUCAACACACACACAUAAAUAUCAAGGGUGUGACUUGAAAAUCUUUUAGUCGUUUUAAUAAUUUUGAUGUGUAAAUAUUGCAUGUCCAGCUGGAUUCUGGCCUGCCAAAAGAAGAUCCUUAAACUAGAUAGAGCUUGUAAAAUAUGCAGUUGACUGCAUGCAUUCUUUACAUUGAUUUAUAGUCUUCAUUACAUAACUUAUUUGUAUAAUAAAGGCAAUGUUAGGUUUAAAUAUCAGGGUCCAACCUGCCAAUAUCGCUAUUCCAGCUGUAGAUCUCAGGCUUGUUCUUUCAGAUAUUUAAUGCAUCUGCAGAAUGCUGUAGGAUUGAAUUAAAAGACAAAAGCUUUAAUAUUCAGAAAUAAGUUCACUUUGUAUGAAACAUUGAGCAUUAUAGGUCUCAUCAAGGUCAGAAUAGUUCUCUUUUUAAAUAAAGCAGCAUUUUUAAAUUUAAUUUUUCAUAUUCUAUCAACGUUUGUCAAUGUCAAAUUAUGAGAACUAUGUUUGUGUUAGCAUUACAUUAUUUUUCCCGUAGGUUUUUGUUUUUUGCUAUCCAGGGAGAGGUAAAAUUGUUUGAAGAUGAGCAGACGAAUCUGGCCAAGGCACUGAUAUACCAUGGAACUUUCACAAAGUGCACCAGAGUCGCUUGGAGUCACACAAGUGCAACCUAAGCAGGAUCAGGCACAAGAGCAGUAGGUUUUUAGAAGCAUCAUUUUAGCUGCACUUGCUUUAUUACUAUCCCCACUAACUGGUAUAUGGAGAUCUGCAGGGCACUGUUUGGUGGAUCUCUUAUCCGAUCAGUUAGAAGGUAAUAUACAUGUAGGUGUCUUCAGACUUUGAUGACUUGAGCUGCAGUGGAUGUCAAUAAUAAGCAAGCAGAUCUUUCUAAGGGGCCCGUUUUUUCCACGGAUCUCAAAAAAUGUGUGGUUUUCCUAUAUUUCUAAAAAUUUAACAUUUAUUCAGUAUAAAAACCACGAAAACCUCUAAGGCCAAACUUCACCAAGUAAAAGUUUUAUAGAAUGG